UUUAUUUGAUUCUGAAAUCAUGGGUGAUAGAACACUUAAGCAAUUGGCUGCUCCUAAUGUUGAUAAUGAGCAGCCCUUGUGUAUUCGUUAUACUAAUCAUGUUGUACCUUUUGAGCUUAAGUCUGGACUAAUACACUUGCUGCCCAAGUUUCAUGGUCUUGCAGGUGAGGAUCCCCACAAACAUCUGAAGGAAUUUCAUAUAGUCUGCAACACUAUGAAGCCAACAGGGGUGGAUGAGGAACAAAUCAAGCUGCGUGCUUUCCCUUUCUCUUUGGACAGUGGAGCUAAGGACUGGCUGUACUACCUGCCACCUUCCUCCAUUGUAAGCUGGAAUGACAUGGCCAGAUUGUUUCUGGAGAAAUUCUUCCCUUCAUCCAGGGCCACCUCAAUCAGAAAGGAGAUCAGUGGCAUAAGGCAAGCUAAUGGAGAGAACAUGCAUGAGUAUUGGGAGCGGUUUAAAAGGCUUUGUUCAAGCUGCCCACACCAUCAAAUUCCAGACAAUCUCCUGCUUGUUUACUUCUAUGAAGGGCUGCUGCCUAUGGAUAGGAACCUUCUGGAUGCAGCUAGUGGAGGAGUCCUGAGCAAUAAAACACCUAAUGAGGCCAAGGAGCUGAUUGCUGAGAUAGCUGCUAAUGCUCAACAAUUUGGCACUAGAGCAAACAGCAGUGCAGUGUUCCAAGUGCAAACUUCUCCAAUCACAGAUAACCAGAGAAUAGAGAACAGGCUUGAUGAGUUGACAUCAAUGGUGAGGCAGUUGGCAGUGACACAGACAGUGCAACCUUCUGCUCAACAGACAAGCAACCCGUGUGGCAUCUGCUGUGAUCCUUCUCAUCCCACGGAUGCUUGUCCUUCCUUAUAUGACAGCGGUUCCCAAGUUGAUCAGUCUGUUGCUGCAAAUCAACAAGCAAGUGGUAGCUCCCUUCCAUCACAGACAGUUCAAAAUCCAAAGGGAACCGACAAUGUUAGUGCCAUCUCUCUGCGGUCUGGCAAGCAACUGGAGGAACCAAACCAAUCUGCUGUUAAGUCAUCUCAAGGAGGUGACACUGGUUCAAGGAAGCAGAAUACUGAUACUUCUGAUGUCCACAUCCUGUUACCUUUUCCUCAAAGAGCCACUCAGUCUAAAAAGCAAGCAGCAAAAGCUCAAGAUAAAGAGAUUCUUGACACCUUCAGAAAAGUAGAGGUCAAUAUCCCACUCUUGGAUGCGAUUCAGCAAAUUCCAAGAUAUGCUAAGUUUCUGAAGGAGUUAUGCACCAACAAGAGGAGGCUGAAAGGAGAUGAACGAGUCAGCGUCAGCCAGAAUGUGUCAGUACUCAUCCAGCCCAUGCCCAAGAAGUGCCAAGAUCUAGGGACAUUUACUAUCCCUUGCAUUAUUGGAAAUUCUAUUUUUCAUGAUUGUAUGUUAGACUUAGGAGCAUCCGUUAAUGUUAUGCCUGAAUCUGUGUAUAAGUCUCUUGGUCUUGGUCCCUUGCGUGCUACUGGUAUUGUUGUUCAGUUAGCCAACAGGAGUAAUGUUCAUCCUUCUGGUGUAGUUGAAGAUAUAUUAGUUAGGGUGAACAAUCUGAUUUUUCCUGCUGAUUUCUAUGUCUUAGGGAUGGAGGGUGAGAAUCCUAGUAGUACAAUUAUACUUGGUAGAUCUUUCAUGAAAACUGCUAGGACUAAGAUAGAUGUGCAUGCUGGUACUCUUUCCUUAGAAUUUGGUGAUAGCAUGGUUAAUUUUAAUAUUUUUGAUGCCAUGAAAUUUCCUAGGGAAGAGCAUUCUAUUUUCUGUAUGGAUGUAAUUGAUGAAAUGAUGGAUGAUAUCUCUACUGACUUAACUGCUGAAUAUCCAGAAUUAUCAUCAUUACUUGAUUCUGCUCUGUCAUGUGAUUGUACCGAUAGUAGUAACUGUACUGCUUGUGCUGAGAUAGCUUUGUGUUGUUCUGAUUUUAAUCAUGUAUUGAAUGAUGAUUUGCACAAUGGUUCUGCAUUGGUGUUGAAUUCUGAGUUGCCUGUUGAAAUUAUUGAUGAUUCUAUUUCUGAGAAUUUGAUUGCAGGCAUAGAUGUUAAUGUGUUUUUUGCAGAACCUGCACCCACUAGACUUCUCCCAUCCACUGAGCAGCCACUUAAGUUGGAAGUGAAGGAUCUACCUGACCAUCUGAAGUAUGCAUAUCUGGAGGAAAAUGAGCAGUUACCUGUGAUAGUGGCCAAGACCCUUCUACCUGAGCGGGAGGAAAAGCUUCUGAUAUUGCCGAUACAGGCCGACAUCAUUUAUCCCAUUUCAGAUAGCUGGUGGGUCAGCCCGUUUCAAGUGGUUCCCAAGAAGUCUGGAGUGACUGUAGUGGAAAAUCCGAAAAAUGAACUGGUUCCAGCAAGAGCUCAGAACAGUUUGAGAGUGGAGGAAAUUUCGAAAGUGCAAGACGAGCUCACUAAAUCUAAGUCCGGGUUGGAGAAGAGGGUCCAAGAGCUAUCUGCCGAGCUUGAUGAGGCAAAGAAAGCUUUGGAGUCGGCCGCCGUUGAGAAGAAGACCUUCACAAAGUCUAUGGCUGAUAAAGAUGCUCAAAUUGAGAAACUGCAAGCCGACUUUGAUGAGGCUAAGGUCGUGGUCGCGAAUGCUGCGAUCCAAGCCUUCGAGAACGCAAUUGCACAAGCCCAGGUUCUGAACCCUGGCCUUAUUACUGAUGGCAUGGAUGUUGCGUAUGACGUGAAGGAUGGCGCCAUUGUCCCCGGAACUCUGGGUUCCGACUCUGAUGGCGAGGAGGAGACCAGAGCCGAAACUCGUGAGGCCAUCUCUCUACGUGUUGCUGAAUGA